AUGAACAUACAAAGCUUGAACAAUUCGCAAAACGAACCUACGGUGGGAAAAGCCAAGAGACUUUUACCAGUUUGCAUGCAAAAACAACAACCAAAACAGAAGGGAGAUGAAGCCAUUGAAAUUGUUGAGAACUUUGGUCUACAUAGUGAGAUGGUACGUAAGAUUGUGUUUUGUUAUUUUUUCGUGUUUUUUUUAUCGUAAAAAAGAAUAACUAUUCAUGAGUAUUGAUUGCAAUAGCCAAUAACAAACUAACGUUUGUUCAAAAUUGUACAUAACUAAAAAACACAACGUGCCAUGUCAUGUUGCAAUGAUCUGUUAGAAUUUCUAUUACAUUGUUGUCUAUUGUGUUUGUGUUUAUACCUGUAAGUGUACAUGGCUAAUAACGACACAAGAUUAUUCGAUUUGUAAGGCAGGUGUGAUGAUUCCGUUUCACAGAGAUAAUUUUAUGGGAACUUGAUGUGUCAUUAUACUUGCCACAAGUCGCUUGCUAAGUAGGUUAAUUAUAGCUAAGAAUAUAGAGGCCGCUCUAUUAAAAUGAGUUUGUCAUAUAAUAAUAACAAUCUUGAGUUUUUAUUGCCGAUGGUUUUAUUGAACAAUUAUACUUAACAAACCCAAAAAUCCCAAUCGAAACAAUUGAAAGGGAACAAAACAACAAAAAUCGAAAAAUGACAUGAAGGUCAUGUAUUUCAAGUAGGUAAACAAACGUCUACUCCUGUUAUUGCCUAUUGGUAUUUACCACACAAAUCUAUAAAUUUAUUAUCUUUAAAGUUUAAUUUCUCCAUUUUCAUACAUUUUAUUCAAGGUUAAUUGAGCAAAGUAUAAAUAAAACACAAACUAAAAUGUCAAUUAUGUCAGCUAGCUACAAAACGACAUUCAAAGUAGUGUUUUUUUGCGUGGCCGGUGAAAUUGACAAGCUUGUACAUUUCAUGUAUAGUUUUACAGUAUAUAGAAAGAAGGGUCCGGACGUUUUACUUUUUGACGUGUUUUCACAUACCUGUAAUUUAUUAUAUAUAACUGUUAGUGAAAGAAUCCUUAUUGUAACUAAAAUUUGACAACAAAAGUACGUGAUAUUAUUGUAGCAAUAUUAUAAACCUUGUCCUAGGAGUAUACUGUAUGUAUUAUUAAAUAUUACUGUUCGUCAUGCCCUCUUUGUUUAUGUUUUUUUUAAUAAUAUAGGCUGUGACCGAAAAUGAUGUUUGCUUGAGUAUCAAGGAAAAGGAGGAAUUGUGCCAAACGGUAAUGGAUGGAUGCCCUUCUGUUAUCGCAGAAGCCAUGUACAACAUAUGCCUGAGGUGAAAAAAUGUAUUAAAAUGCUUGUUUUGAAAAACGCAUUGCGUAUGACAAGCGAAAGCCAAAAGCGUCUUGAGUCGUUUAAAUGGAUUGAUAUCCUACAUGAGUUGACAGAGCUCCAGAUAUCCUGGAUUUUCUAGUCACAAUUGCUAUCCCCUCAAACUGAAAAAGACCGGUCGGGAGAUCCCUCCACUUUGCACCUUGUUUGGAAUUCUAAUGAAUCAAAGGUCUCGUGAACUUUCCUUGAUUCAGAAGUUAAAUUCUGUUAUACUCGGAUUAGGAAAUGCAACGAAGAAGGUACUUAUUCAUAAUCAUUUCCAAAUCAUCAAUUGAAAAAUUAUUGCGUAUGUGAUCUUAAAUAUGACUUAAUAUUUAUGUUAAUUUAUUCAUUAAAACAUGUUUCAUUUCAAUCAAACAGCUCGUUACCCAAAUGCCAAAGGUACAAAAAUAACAAUUAAAUUUAAAUUAACGUUAAUAUAUUAAGUUUUGUACAACAUUAUAGAUUUUUUUCAACCGUAUGGUAUAAUUCAUUUGUCAUUGGAAAUUUCCAUCACCCUAACCCCCACUUAUAAAAAAAACCCCAAAAUAUACCUGAUUCAGAGAAUUAUUACAAAAAUGUCAAUGUUAAUUGUUAAUCUUGCACUCCCUCGUAUAUAUAAAAUCAUAUCCCCUGAGGUGAUAGGUCGAGGUUUCCAAACACAAAUGCAGUGCUGUAGAAGUGUGGGGGGUUGCUUGGGGGCAGAGCCCCCUUCUUCAAGCUCUGGGGUGGCUGAGCCCCCCUGCUACUUUAAAAAUUGAUAAUUUAUUAAGAACACUAUUAAAAAAGACUUGAUUACUUUUUCAUAAAGUAGAAUCAAAAUUACUAAAAUUAUAUUGUUUCAAUGUUUCAUAUGUAAUUAUGCAUUUAUGCUCUGUAUUUUGAAACAUGUACUGUAUGAUGUCAUCAGGGACUGCAGAGCAGGGGGGCCUGGGGGGCUUUAUGCCUAUGUUAAUGGGUUAACAAAACUAACAGGUUAACAAAACUGUCAAUGUGUCAAAUUGUUAUAACUUAUAAGCCAUUAAUGCACAUUGCAGCCCUAUGUGGUUUUGAGUAUUUUACUCUGUCUGAUGCCAGAGUAUUUUUAUACUCCGUCUAAUGCGAAACGAUUUUACAAUGUACUCCUCAGGGGAAAAUACUUACAUGUUAAUUGUUAAAUCGUGUUUCAUAUAUAUUGUUGAAACUUCCAGAUAUUCUGCUGAAAUGGCAAAUAAAUCAGUUGUUGUUGGCCUGCCUAUUUUACCAUUUAACCAAUCAAAACAUUCAGAUGUUUGUCAGUAUUUGGAUUAUCUUGAAGAUUUACUAGCUAAAAUACUUGGCAAUGAUGAAUAUUCUGUAUGUUCACCCUUAGAGAAAGCAGCCAAGAAGAAUGACAUUUUAAAAGAAAUAAAGGUUCCACUUUGUGGAGACCUUUUGGGACGUGAAAGGGUUACUGGUGCCAAGAAGACAAGGAUGGGCUGUGACAAUUGGAAACGCGUUCCCCACUUUGGCUAA